AUGGCUGAUAGCGGAGAUCCAGGAUCCAAGCACAAGGAUCCAUCAGCAAUUGUAGAUGCCGGCGGAGGAGAGGCAGCAGGCGGAGGUGAUGACGUGCCUCCUCCGAUACCAGCUGUUCGCCGGCGUCGUGCGCAUGAGCACAAGCAAUCCUCGAGAGAACAACUGGACGAGGAGGAGAAGAUGCAGAGUGAGGAGAGUCAACAGCUGGAGACAUCGACGGUGACGCGUACCUAUAUGAAAACCAUCACCACCUCCCUGACCACAUCGAGCAGUUCCAACCGCGAGGAGUAUGUGCUGGAGGAGCCAUCGCCAUCGCCAAAUCAACAGAGAUUGCGUCAGAAGGUGGCCCAAUAUGAAAAAGUAUGGUCCGAAGGCUAACCUAUCAAGCGACCCGCCGAGCAGAGCUCGGAUGAGUUGCGUCUGGCCGAUGACCAACAGGACGACUUUGAUGCCGAGAAUCCCUUCGAGAUAGACGUCCAUGAGAUUGAGCGACGACUGCGCCAGGAGAGGCAACGUGGCUUGGCCGAGGCGGAGGCAGCCAAGCUGGCUUUCCAGCAGGUCCAACUCCGGCACACGACUCCUCCGCCUCAGCUGCCGCCGCGACGAGUGGAGGUGACCAGUGAGCAGGUAGCUAGUCCUUUUAACGUAACCCUACGCACCACGAGUCGCAUGAGUCCUGGUGCGGAGCAGGGCAACGUGGAGGAGCAGCUGUCGCCGUUCAAUGUGACCCUGAGAACCACUCGCAGGACCAAAAAGGAAGUCAAGGAACUGGAAAGCUUUCUCGAAGGCGAAAGAACUGUCCGCGAAGUGCCCGCAGCGGAUGGAGUUCGUACCAUUAUCACCUCCUCGAUGACCAGUGAUGGUGGCUAUGCCGAGGAGAAGAUCUACCGUCAUGGCGAGGGCUAUGUAUCGCCCAGAGAUUCACCCUCCUGGUCACGUUCCAGUUACUCCAGUGAGCGUUCCAGUGUGACGCCACCGAGAAGUGUGGAUCUAACCGCCGGCGGACGAAGGAUUCUGAUCAAACUGGAGCAGGAAAGUGAACUGACUGAGGCGGAUACCCAGUUAAGGGACGAAACCGAUUCGUUUGGUGGUCGCCAGGAGUUGUCCAUGGCAACCGGCGGCAACAUUGACAUUACCGUCGGUGGUAGCAACCCCCGCCGGCGUUUAUACCAGCAAACAACUGUCCAGGUGGGUGGCAACGCCGCCGCUGAGCCAUCCCUAGCACCCCAAAGGCAGCGGCCCAGGGAACUAGCGCUGGGCACCACGAAGACAAUGCUAACAUCCACGCCAAUUGGCACGAAGGAGCAACCGCAAACGGGUCCGAAAACUCAAGUUAGUCCAGCUGCAGCGUGCCAAUUGCGUGGUUCUUUGACGGAAGAGCCCCGGAAAAUUGUAAGCCACAAAACGAUAACCAGCACAACGACCAAAUCAUCUACGUCCUCCUCCUCCUCCUCCACGUCGCGCAAAUUAAUCGAAUACGAAUCGGGAACCGGGAAUAUCUCACAGAUACGUAUCGAAAAGAGAACCGCGAGUGACAACGACAUUGAUAACGAUUCGGAUACGGAGGGCAGGCCGGCCAGCAGUAUAGUGAUUGUGUCCACGCCCACGCGUUCCAAUACACCGGCACCGGGAUCGGUAACUGCAUCCGCAUCCACAUUUAUAUCCCCAACCGCAUCCGCACCACCAACGACAUCCGCGUCGCCCAUUACGCCGCACUGUUCGACAGCUGCCCACGCCCUCAGCGGCAUCGGCACUUUCAGCAAGAGUCUGCGCCAGGAUUAUCAGACUCUAGCAACGCAAAGUGGCCGCAGCAACGAAUCGCCCAGUGACCAGGAAUAUCAGGAGUUCCAGUCCACCAUGGCGUCGAUCAAUUAUGCAAGGAGUAAUUCCCAGUACGAUUGUCAUAUCAAGGAGAAGAGAGAGGAGCAAGAACGUGUGCAGAAGAAGACAUUCACUAAUUGGAUUAAUUCAUACCUACUGAAGCGUGUUCCACCGCUUCGUAUCGAUGAUUUAAUCAAUGACUUACGCGAUGGUACUAAACUAAUCGCAUUGCUCGAAGUUCUGUCCGGUGAACGGCUGCCCGUGGAGAAGGGCCGCGUCCUGAGACGUCCACAUUUUCUUAGCAAUGCCAACACGGCCCUGCAAUUUUUGGCCAGCAAACGGAUCAAGUUGGUUAAUAUUAAUCCCGCAGAUCUGGUGGAUGGGAGACCACCAGUUGUGUUGGGUUUGAUAUGGACAAUCAUCUUGUACUUCCAGAUCGAGGAGAAUAGCCGCAACCUAGAAUAUUUGGGUCAUGGUAUUGGCGGUUCGGUUAGUUCCCUCGACAGCGUUGGCAACCAAAAGCAUGGUGAUCUUAAGGCUGAGAAAUGGAAGCAGGGCGCCAGGAAGACCCUGCUCAACUGGGUGACCAAUGCCUUGCCAAAAGACAGUGGUGUGGAGGUAAAAGAUUUCGGCGCUAGCUGGAGAGAUGGCGUCGCUUUCCUUGCCCUAAUUGAUGCCAUCAAGGCGAAUCUGGUCAACUUGGCUGAGCUGAAGAAGACCAGCAAUCGCCAGCGUUUGGAGACAGCUUUCGAUGUGGCCGAAAGCAAGCUGGGCAUUGCCAAGCUCCUAGACGCUGAGGAUGUGGACGUACCUAAGCCGGACGAGAAGAGUAUCAUGACAUAUGUGGCGCAAUUUUUGCACAAGUAUCCCGAACCAAAGGGUGCUUCUCGCGACCAGUCGCAUGCGCAACAGGAGGCGGAUGAGCUGCGUCGCUUCCUGGUGGAAAAGACCACCGAAUACGAGCCGAUGGUCAUGAUGAGCUCGUUCCCACGUGAUUUCGGUGAAUAUCUUCUGGCACGUUCGGAAGUCGAUGCCCAUUUGCCGGCCUACAACCGCCUGAAGCAACUGAUUGAGAGUCAGAGCGGCUUCCUGCAGGUUUCCCGGCAAUCUUGGGAUGAAAUCAACGAGCUGUGGCAGCGCCUCCAGUACCAGAUGAUGUACUGGCUCUGGCUACUGGAUUCGGAACUGCCCGGCGACUUUGGCACCGUUGGCAAAUGGCUAGCCGAAGCUGAGAAACUAUUAAUGGACAAUGAGAUACCCAAUGCCAUGAAUGAAGAGACGGCGGCCGUUAUCAGCAGGAAGUUGGAGGAGCACAAACUCUUCUUUGCCGAUCUACCGCGAAUUUUGGCCAUGUUUGAGAAUGCCAAGCGAUCACCAUUGGCCCAGCAAAUUCCUUUGGAGCAGCUACGCAACAUGGAACGUCGUCUGCAAGAAGUUGGACCCAAGGCAGCGGAGCGAAGAAUCCGUCUUAAGUUCCUCGAGCACAAGUGCUGCCUGAUUGCCUUCUUGAAUCUCGUGGAGAACAAGAUGCGUGGCUGGACGGGCAAGUACGGUCAUGAAGAGAAGGUUGCCCAGCAGCUGGAGCAGUACAAGAACUUUGUCUCACGCAACAAGAUCUUCCAAGAGUUCCAAAAGGCCUUCGUCGACAUGCAACAAGUGGUGGAUGAGUACAAGCGCGAAGGCAACGUCCCACGCAAGGAUAUCAACGAUAUUGAUCGGUUUAUGUACGAAACCGAGGAGCGUUGGAAGCGUGUCUCCAUGGAGCUGAAGUGCUGUCAGAACUCACUGGAAGAAGUGGUCAACUGCUGGCGCAACUGGAACCAAUUGGCACCAACCUGCGAGGAGUGGCUGCUGCUGGCCGAGCAGAAGGUGAACCAGAGCGAGGACGAACGCUUGGACUUUUUCCAGGAUAUACCCGUAUGGAAGGACAAGUUCGAUGCACUGGCAAACUCUGCCAACUAUUUAAUCGCUUCCUGCGAGGAACCCAUUGCCCACCAGCUGCGUCAGCGGCAUGGAGCUCUCUCGGAGCGAUUUGAGCGUCUGUUUGCCAACACCAAGCAGUAUAUGCAUGCUGGUGACAUUAUCCGGUCGCGUCAGGAAUACAAAUCCGGCAUCGAGCAGCUCUCCAGGUGGCUACGGGGAGCGGAAAACGUGCUGGACCAACGACAAGUCCUAGGAAACUCGGAGCAAAUCAAGCAAUAUGGCCAGCAGCUUCAGCAACUCGCCAGUGAGAUCGAUGACAACGAGGAGUUGUUCAAGACCAUCAGCAGGAAUUUCCAAGCACUGAUACAGGACUUGUCUCGCGACGAGGUGGAUAAGAUGAUGAAGCUACUGAAGCUGGAGAAGGAAUCCCUGGUGCGCAUACGCGCCCAGUUACCUGCAAAACUGCAUCUCUUCCAUCAGCUUCAGAUCCAACAAGAAUCUUUGGAGGCUGGACAAAAGGAGAUUCACCAAUGGUUGAGCGAGGCUGAACAACCUGGAACCCACAAUCUCUCGGGAGGACGGGAUGCCAUCAAUGAGCAGCUGCUCAAGCACAAGACCUACUUUUCGCGCACCGUCUACUAUCGUUCCAUGCUGGAGAGCAAGAACAAGGUGUUCCAGAAUCUACUGAAGGCUGUCGCUGCUGAUGACAAGAUCGAUACAGCGCCGGCAUCCCAGCAAAUGCAACAACUGAACGAACGCUUUAACUAUGUGAUCCAGAAUGCACAGCAAUGGGAGCAGCGCCUGGAUUCAGCUGCCGGCGGUUGGAGCAAUUUCAAGGAUAACGAGCGAGUGGUUAGCGAAUGGUUAACCCAGGCAGAAUCUAUGCUGGUGGAGAAGCACAUUGAGUCGAAGACAACCAUUGAGACACAGAAGUACUUCUUUGAGCAGGUCAACGAUCGUUGGAUGAACGACCUUGUGCAAUCGGCUCAACAGCUUCUAACCACCUUGCCCGCCCAGGAACAACCGGCUGUGGUCCGCAGCGUUGAGGAAUUGCAAUCCCGCUGGAAGAAUGUGCUAUCCCAGGCUCCCUUACACCUGCUGAAACUGGAGUUCAGACUGGAUGAGAAUGCCUUCUAUCAGUCCUUCAAGGAUGUGGAGAAGGAGUUGCAAUUGGAACAACAAGCCCUUAACCGGAAUGAGGAUGUGGACUCUAUACUGCAGCGCAAUCAGCAGUUCCUUCUGCAACAGGAUGCAGUGCCUCGAGUGGAGCGCUGCCUGCAAAAUAUGCAACGUUUAGCCCAGGCACACCGUCAACAGCAGCCCGGCGAUAUUAGUUUGGACCAGGCCUACGACAAUGCCAAGUCCCAGUGGGAUUUGUUGUCCAACAAACUUGGUGACAUGCGACAGACCCUCCAACAGAUUCCAGCCCAAUGGCAGGGCUAUCAUGUGAAAUUCAACGAUAUGGUCCAGUGGAUGAACAGCGUGGACCAGAGUCUAAAGAACAUCGUCAAUGAAGUAAACACUAUGGAGGAAUUUGAAAAAGAGAAGGUUGUCUUCCAGAAAAUCUGUCAAGAUGCGGACAACAAACGCGAAGAUAUGAAAUGGCUAGUGAAGACCUUGGACUCGCUGCUUAGCUAUGCCACCGAAGAUGAGGCAAAUCUGGAGCAGAAGAAGCUGGAGGAUCUGAUUGCACGCUACAAGAACCUCAUACCAACUAUUGAGAUUACGAUGGUCAAGACGGAGGUCUUCUCCAAGUGCUACACCUAUCGACGAGAAGUUCACGAAGUGGUGUGCCUGCUGACCAAGGUGAAGGAUCAGACGGCCAAUAUCCCGGCACCUGAUAGUCUGGAGCGUGUGAAUCGUAUGAUUGAAGAGCAGCAGUAUGCCAUCAAUCAGCUGGAUCACCAGCGUCCGCACAUCAUGUCUAUGCUACAGCGAGGACGUGAUCUUAGCAAGGAUGUCCACGCCCCCGCCUUUGUGAAUACUGAGGUGAAGAAUCUGGAAACUGGAUGGAAUCAGGCCUACACCGAGACCUCGGACAAACUGCAGGCCCUCAAGGGCACCCAGGCUGUGUGGAGCGAGUUUGUGGAUCAGAAGAACGACAUCUUCUCCAUGUUGCAAACGGCUGAGACCGAACUUCGCGCCCUCACACCAUUGCAAACCGACCCGAAGAACGUCAGUCAGGAUUUAAAGUCAAAGAGGGAUCUUAAUGUGCAGCUGCAGCAGGCCUCGCAUCAGCUUCUGCCCAAGCUGCAUGCUCUCAAAUCUGAACUGGCUCCGCUGGCUGCCGCCGACAAGCGUCCCAUCCUGGAGAAAGAAGUAACCGAGGUGGAAAAGAUGUUCUUCAACACCAUGGAGCAUGUUAAGGAUCGUGUCGGCUACUUGGAGGACUACAGUGCCAAGUGGAACAACUAUAAGACCCGCCUUGCCGAACUCCAGGAAUGGGCCAAUAAGGUGGCGCCCAAGAACAUCGAGGCUCUGCAGUCCGAGGAUCUAACACCGGAAGAGCGUGUGGUCAAGGUGCAGGCCUUCAAGCGUCUCCUUGGAGAUCGUAUGAAGCAACUGGAUCUACUGGCUGCCGACGCAUCCGAAUUGGCACCCAAGGAAGGAAACAUUGCCGAAGCUAAGCGACUGAAGGGAGAGAUCACCAAGCUGCAAGAGGUUCUCAGUGCCAUCAACCGGAACGUGGACCAUCAGGCGCAAGCCGUGCAGGAGGAUCUCGUCAACUGGCAGCAGUUCCAGGCCGGUCUGCAGCAAAUCAAGCCAGCCGUGGAGCAAAGCGAAGUCAAGGUAAAUAAUGUAGUUUCUAAGCCCAUCUCCCUCGAAGAAGCCGUUGCCAUGCAACACAACGCCCAACAAUUCGAGACACAGUGCCAGGAGCAAUUGGACAAGCUCCAUGGCAUAUCAAACAUCAGUCAUAAAAUGUUAUGCAAAACCAAUGCCCCCGAUGAGUUGGAUGCCAUGCAUUCCCGCUGGACGGCCGUCCACGAGAAUGCCAAGCAGGCGAGCGCCAAGCUCGAGAAAUUGGUGGCCAAUUGGAAGUCGUUUGACGCCGAUGCCGCUAAGCUCGAGGAUUGGGUUGGACAGGGCGAGCAGCAGAUGGCCAGGCGUCCAGCUGUCCUGAAUACACCGCACAUUGACAAGCUCGAGAAGGAGCUGGUCAAGCUGAAGUCCUUCAACAACGAAAUUUCGCAGCAGCAGGCGAAGCUAGUGACUCUGGGUCAAAAUGCCGAUCAGAUUAGUUUGCAUUUGGCACCCGAGGGCGCAGCGGCGCUUAAGGAUCGUGUCAACCAGAUGAAGGGCAAGCUGCAGAAGCUUUCGGAAACCACACGCGGCCACAUCAACGAAGUGUCGGAUGCCAUUAUUUCCCGCCAGGACUUUAAUGCCAAAUUGGUAAACUUCUCAAAUUGGAUGGAGCAGCUACGUAACCAGGUGACUCAGGUGGAGGAAAUCAAUCCGGAGCGUGUGGAGACUAGUCUCCAUGUGAUUCAUGCCCUGCUGCAGGAACAUGCCGAUAAGAAGCCCAGUUUUAAUGCCAUCUACGAUGAGGUGAAGCAACUGGCUUUGGGUGCCACUCCGGAAGAGUCCAACGCCCUGAAUGAUGCUUACACUGCACUGGUGGUCAACUAUCAGAAUUUGGAAACGAACAUGCUGCAAAAGAAGGCGGCCCUUGAGAAGUGGACCGAGCUUUUGGGAUGGAAGAACGACACGGAGUCGCAUUUGAAUUACCUGAAACACCAAUUGGACAAGCCAGAGGGACCGCCUGCUGAAGAGCUGACCAAGGUUAUUGCAGAGAUCGAUAGUUUGGGCCAGGGUCUUGGAUACUGGAAGGGUCAGGCCAAGGAGAUUGACGAGAAUCCAGCCAUUCAGCUGAGAGAUGCAUUGUCCCGACGUCCACUAAUUGCUACCCAAAUUGUAAAUGAUGUGGAGAACAAGCUGGAGAACCUGAAGCUGCGCUCGCAGAAUCAACAGCAGCAACUCCAACAGAUGACCGUGCGCAAGGACAAGUUCCAUGCUCUGGAGCACAACUUUGGCCAAGCGCUGCAAGAGAAUCGUGCCAAGUUGGACGAGAUUCUCAAGCAGCAUCCGACACUGAACAACAUCGAUCAAAUCAUUGCCGAUUUGGUGGCUCUGAACGAUGCACUGAAGUAUCAAGCAGACCUGAAGAAUCGCAUCCACGACGAAGGUUCUUUGCUGAUGCGUGAGGAUAUUGCUAGCAUGCCUGCGAUUCAGGAGAGUCUUUUAGUCAUGGACAAGAACUAUGAUUCUCUGCAGAAUGAGAUAGCCGAUCGUAUACAGAAAUAUAAUUUGAUUAGCCAAGCUUUGAAGGAGUACGCCGACUCCAAGGACAGGUUCUCCAAGGAGCUGAAAAAGGCUGAGGAUUUAUUCAAUGCCAUACCCCAGCAGCCGCGUGAUGAAACUGAACUCCAGCAGGCUUCCGAAAAGACCAGGAAGACCAUGGAGCAGUUGCGCAAGUCCAAGCUCAAUUUGGAUGAACUCGAACGACGAGGAAGCAAUGUCGGUAAACUAUUUAGUGCUAUUGGAGAACCGAUACCCCAGGAAGUGCCACAGGAAGUUGCAGCUUCCAAACAACAUUGGCAGGACUUGUACGACAAGACAGCCAAGAAUGCCCAUGUCUAUGAGACCGAAGCAGUUAUUUGGUCGCAAAUUGAGGAUGCCAAAAAGGAUUUGCUCCCUUGGCUGUCCGAGACGAAUCAGGGACUCUGUGAUGCUGCAGAUAAUUCCAUAGAAAUUGAGUUUGGACCCAUGCGUUUGAGUAAAUACCGCACAGAGUUGCCUUCUUAUCAGGCUCUCAAGGAUUCAAUUGUGGAAAAAACUAAUGAUUUGGUCAAGAUCAACAAGGGAGCCGAUAUUCCGGCUCUUUCUGCUCUGAAUAAACUCCUGAAUGAACAGUUCGCUGAGGUUCAAAAUAAUGCAGAUCGCUUGAGUGCUGUAACCACAUCGUUUAAUGACCAGGAACAGGAAUUGCGCAGGCGCUCGAAGGAAGCUGGCGAGCAGGUGAGCAAACUUCGUGAGCAGCUCAUCAAGUGCGACGAUAUGUCCGGCGAUAAUAACAAAAUCAUGGAGCGUCUCCUGCAAUGCCGUGCUCUGCGUGGCCAACUGGAUAAUAGUGGCAAUGAGAUCGAUAACAUUAAGCAGAAGGUCGACGAAUUGCGUAAUCUUUAUCCCACUUUCAGUGAGUCCAUCAUACCCAAGGAGCUGAAUAACGUGCAGAAACGUUAUGAGAACGUCGAUCUGUAUGCCAAAAAGAUUGAAAGUUCUUUGUUGCAGUUCCUCAAGAAGUUCCAUGCUGAUAAGGUGGGCAUGCUGAAGCGCAUCAUUGCCACUCAACGGGAAAAGGUGGCCUGGUGUCAGCCAGAAUCGUCCAGCGACAAAUACAAUCUGGAUGUGAAGAAGUCCUCAUUGCAGGAGGUAAGCAAGAGCAUUGACGAUUGCAAGGCGCGACACGCUGAAACCCUGAAAUCUCUGGAGAUGCUGAAGGCAGUGGAAUCACCACAAAAUCUGGCCGAACUUACCAGCGAUGCCGAGUUGCUGCACAACGACAUGAAGGCGCUACAGGACAGCUUUGAUAAAAUUAAGGGCAUCCUCGAUGAAAAUGUCGAUUUGUGGUCUCAGUACGAGCAAUCAAACGAACAGAUUUCCAAUUGGUUGCGUGACGUUGAAGGACGCGUUAAGGCCGAAACGAGCAGUCAGGUUAACCUACCUGAGGUACCACAAAAGCUUCAAGAGUUGGCCAUACUCCAACAGGAUGUCCUGGCCCAUGAGCCCAUAAUUACCAAUCUGGAGCAGACAUCUCAGCAAUUGAUUGAAAAGAAUCCGGAGGCGCGAAUUGGACAGUUUGUAACUCAUUUGGUGCAACGCUACCAGGCUGUGGCCAAGGCGCUGGCUAAUUACAUUGAUAAGACCCGUAGUGCACAAUUGUCUAAUGCUAACUUUGCAAAGGCGGCUAAGGAUUUCAAUGAAUGGUUUGGUGAUGCCAAGAUCGAGUUCCAGGAAUUGGCUCGCAUGGGAUCUCCGGGGUCAUCAUCAGCCACGGCUCAACAGUUGCAAACUGUCAAGAAUUACAUCAAGACCUUCGAUAAUGGUCAGCUGUUGUUAAAUAAUGCUGUGGAUAUUGGCGAAGGUCUGUAUCCAGUAGUUUCUCCCGAUAAUAGGGAACGCAUUCGUGCUGAUCUUCGCCAGAUGCGUGAGAAAUUCGAUUACCUGAGAGAUGAGGCCAAUGCUUUCAUGCAGCAAGUGGAGGGUGUGCUAAUACAGAAGACCUCCAUCGAGGAGAGCUACACCCAAGUAUCGCAUUAUCUCAACGAAUCUAAGGCCAAGGUUCCCACUGGUGAUGAACUGUAUCCAACUUUGGCAACCAAGAAGGCUGCCCUCCAGAACUACAAGACGCAGCUGCAGGAGAUCACUCUUCACAAGAAUGCCCUUAAGCAAUUGCACGAUAAGGCGGUUACACUAUGUGAUGAUGAGUCCGAGCGAAAGACCGAUGAAUCCAUCCAGGAGUACAAUACUCUAUCGAAGAAGAUUUCGGACAGAAUCCAAACUGUGGGCAACCAUGUGGUUAAGCAUGAGGCCUACGACCAGGUGCUGGAGAAGGCUCAAGACUGGUUGAACACUAUUAAAUCGGAAGCCAUUGAUAUACUCAACGAAACUACCUUUGAGAAGGAGGGUGCCGAGGAGAAGCUUAUUGUUGUGGAAAAUCUUUUGCAACACAAGCCCGAGGGAGAUUCCAUUUUCGAUACUUGCCAUAAUUUAUUGGAAACGGUGCUCUCGCAAACCCAUCCUAAUGGUCAUCCAGCAUUGCUUAAGGGAUUCCAGGAACCAAAGCAAGCUUGGGAGGACUUCAUGACGCUGUGCCAAGAUUCAUCGGUGAAACUAAAGCAACUGUGCUCCAAAUGGGAUGAGUUUGACUCGAUCAUCGAAGAGCUGGACAAUUGGAUGAAGAAUGUGGAGGCGGUGGUGAAGAAUCAAAACCUCAAGAGCACUGCUGACGCCAAGAAGGCUCAUUUGAAACAGCUUCAAGAAAUUACCAAGGAUAUUGAUCGUCGUGGUUCAGCCAUCAAUGAGCUGAUGGAUCAAGGCCGUGAGAUUGAGGGUGAGACUGAUUUGAACCUUAAGCUAUCCCGCCUUAAUACUCGUUACCAGACGCUUAAGAAUCUAUGCAAGGAAUCGAUUGCCAAGUACGUAAACUAUGUAAAGGAUCAUGAGAGCUUCGAUCAGGACUUUGAUGCGUUUAAGCAGAGUCUGCAAGUAUCCGUUGAUGACCUUGCCAAGGCCAAUGAAAUUGUGGGCGAUCAGAGUGUGCUGCAGGAUCAGCAGAACAAACUCCGUGAGAUGUCGGACAAGCGCAUUUCGGACUCCACUAUCUUCGAGAGUCUCAUUGAUCGUGGAGAGAAGCUAUAUGGCCACACCAGCCCCGACGGCCGUGAGAUCAUCCGCCAGCAGUUGCGUUCUCUACGUACUCUGUGGGACAACUACACGGAUGAUUUGAAUUCGGCUACACAGAAGAUCGAUCAGUGCCUGCUGCAGUUUAACGAAUUUAGCAUUGCUCAAGAUCAGCUUACCAAGUGGCUGAAGGACGUGGACAAGGCCAUGCUAAGCAAUACUGAACCUAAGACGACGUUGCAGGAGAAGCGGGCACAGUUGCAGAACCACAAGCUGCUCCAUCAAGAAAUCACUACCCAUAACGUUCUGGUCGAUAAUGUAUGCGACAAGGCUCAAAUUCUGGUGGAUCAGAUCAAGGAUAAUUCGUUGAAUGUCUACUUGGCGUCAAUUAAACAAAUUUUCCAAGGCAUCGUUCAGAAAUCUGAUGUUAUCCUGCACAACCUGGAGGACUGCGUGCAAAAGCAUAACGAAUUGAACAAUGCUCUGGCUUCAGCCAAGACAUGGAUUUCGAACGAGAAGGCCAAGCUCUUGGAAUGCGAUGAUGCUUACGGCGAGAAGGCAGAUAUCAAGCGGAAAAUCGAAACCUUGGGUCAGUUGGCUCAAAACAAACCACAGGCUAUGAAAUUGCUCGGCGAUAUACGCGAUCAGUUUGAGAAGGUGAAGCCAACGACUUCCGAAAAGGGUAACGAAGUGCUUGACAAGGAGAUUGACGAACUGGAGACCACCAUGAAGAGCCACUUCGAUGACAUCGAGGGCAUUGAGGGCAAGCAGAAGGAUGUGCUCGCUCAGUGGGACAAAUUCGAAAAAGCUCUCGAAGAUCUCACUAAAUGGUGCCGCAAUGCAGAGGCCGUUUUCCGCGAGCAGCAGCUUCAGUCCACACUCCACGAGAAGGUUGAGCAGUUGGAAAAGUAUAAGAUUCAAAGGGAAUUGAUACAACAAAAGGAAAAGGAAAUCGAUGCCUUUGGGGAUGCUGCCCAUGCCCUGCUUAACAACUGUGGAGCCGAUCGUCUGAAGACACUGACCACUCAGAUUACAAAUCGUUAUCAGCUGCUUCAAGUUCUCAGCAAGGAAGUGGUCAACCGCUGGUCUAAUCUGGUUGAUGAUCAUCAAUUCUAUCAGGAUAAGUACAACGAGGUGGAUUUGUGGCUGCAACCCAUUGAAAGCCAACUCGAAAAGGUCAUCAAGGAUGAGCCCACCCAAAGUUCGAACAUUCUUCAGGUGCUACUCUCCGAAAAAGAGCAAGCUGAGAGCUUAUUUGCGGCCUUAAAUGCCGCCGGGGAGAAAGCACUGCCGGAGACAUCCACUCAGGGAAGGGAAAAGAUUCGCAAGGAUCUGCGUGACAUUCGUGAUCGUUGGGACAAACUGGAUGAGGGAAUUCGCAACUUGGAGAAACGCCAAGAAGCCCAAGGUGUUCAGCUGACCAGCUACCAGGAUAUACUUAACCAAACCGUCAAUUGGCUGGACCAAGUGGAAAAACUUUUGCAUAACGAAAAUCCCGCUAGCUGGACCAGUGCCCAGGAGAUCCGCUCCAAAUUGUACAAGUACAAGGCCACCAAUCAGGACAUUAACUCGCAUAAACGAAUCGUUGAGGCUGUGAACGAGAAAGCUGCAGCUCUUCUAGGAAGCGCCGCUCCUGCAAAUGCCGAUGAAAUCUCUAAAGCUGUGGCUGAGGUUAAUAAGCGUUACGAGCAAGUUGGUCAGGACUGUGCCAAGCUGGUGGCUGAUCUAGAUGGUGCCUUCGAUGUAUACCAACAGUUCUCUGAGCUACAGAAGGCACAACAGGAUUACCAGAAGAAUCUCUGGGAUCGUCUUACCGGUUACUCUGACUACUCUGGCAACAAAGCAGCUUUGCAGGCACGUCUACAGAAGAUUAACGAGAUUCAAGAUGCCCUGCCGGAAGGUGUGGCCAAAUUGAAGUCCCUGGAAGAUCACAUAGAGCAGCACGCCACCAGUAUACCCGCUCGAUCCAAGGAGGCGAUGGCCCGCGACUUGGCAAACUUGCAUGCUGAUUUCGAGAAGUUCGGUGCAUCUUUAAGUGACGUUAAGAGCGGCUUGGAAAACCGUCUCCAGCAAUGGAAUGACUACGAAGUUAACUUAGAUCGCCUCAUCAAUUGGUUGGGCGAAGCGGAGAAUGCUCUCAAGAACUACAAUCUGAAAUCAUCGUUUGAGGAGAAGGAAGACCAAUUGAAUCGCUUCCAAUCCCUGGCUCAGAGCCUGCGUCAAAACGAAGCAGACUUUGACAAGAUGAAGGACGAUACCUCGGAGUUGGUACAGAGUUCUGGUGAAACGAGGAUUGCAGUGAAUGUGCAGCAGGUCUCAUCCCGAUUCCAAUCGAUUCAAGCCACGGCCAAGGAAAUUCUCAAGAAAUGUGAGCAGGCUGUCCAGGAUCAUGGCCACUUCAAUGAUAAAUACAAGCAAUGUGCAGAUUGGUUAGCCAAUGCCCAGGCACGUUUCGACGACUGCAGUGACUUGUCAUCGGUGGCAUCUCGUGACGAUCUCUUGAAGAAACAAAUGGUCAUUCAGGAGCUCCUGGCACAGCAGCCAACAGCUACUCAGCUGCUCAACAGCACCGUUGAGUUAGGCGAAAAGUGCUACGGAUCCACAGCAACCGAAGGACGUGAAGCCAUUCGCAGUCAGUUGGAUGAUCUGACUUUCGAUCAAUUGUUUGACAACAUUGCCAGCACGGCAAGGAAGAUUCAGGACAAGAUUGCCAAAUGGUCAGGCUUUGAUGAAAUCGCUGACAGUCUGAAGAGUUGGCUUGAUGAAACCGAGAAUGCUCUUCCAGCCGAAAUCGAACUAAAGACCACGCUGGAUGAAAAGCGCACCAAACUGCAAGCCUAUCGAGACAUCCUGAAUGACAUCAAUAAUCACCAGGUGGAGGUGGGUAAUCUUCAGGAGAUUGCAGCUAAUUUACCUGAAAAGACCGAUCUCGUGGAUCAAAUCCUCAAGGAUAUUGCCGAUCGGUUUGGAAAGCUCCAGAAGCGUGCCCAGAACUACGUGGAACGCUACGAGGGCAUAGUCAGUGCCCAUCAGCAGUACUCCAAGGCCGUUAUGGAUGCCCAAGAGUUUAUUGAUGCCACUCAGAAUACGGUUCACUACUGGGGCGAUUUGGAUUUGGAACAGAUCUCACUGCACACGAACCUAGAUCGUCUAAAGAAUCUGAAGGCCAGUUUGGCCGACGAAUUCCCUCGAGUUGAUCAAGUGAGGGCUUUGGGCGAAAAGGUUAUUCCGGGUACAGUGGAUGUGGGUCAGGUCAACAUAAAGUCCCAGAUCGACACUACACAACAAGAGUGGGAGGGACUCCUUGCCGCCAUCACCACCACCAUUGAGGCCAUUGAGGCACGGCUGCAGCACUGGUCGGAGUAUGAACAGUUGCGUGACCAGUGUCUGGCUUGGAUUCGCGACACGGACAACAACUUGCAUGCCAUUGAUCUUAAGGAGGAUUUGCCCAAGAAGCGUGCUCAGUUGGAUGCUUUGAAGGCUCUGCAAGGAGAUGUGCGUGCCAAGGAACUGGAGGUUGAUAACGUUACAGAAAAGGCUCAAACACUUCUAAAGGGACCCACUUCUAAUCGUACUUCCGGACCCGAGUUGGUAACCAAGUACCAGCAGAUCUUCCAUAAGGUCAAGGAGCUCAACAAUCGUUGGCAACAGUACGUGACUUCCCAUGAAGAUUUCGACAAUUCCAUCUCUGAUUGUUCCUCGUGGAUCAAUGAUAUUAAGGAGAAGCUCGAUUACUGCUCGGACAUGUCAUCAAUGAGUCCAAAAGAAUUGGAUAAGAAACUGGCCACCAUUCAAGAUGUUAUUUUGCUAAAGGACGAAGGCUCUGCUCGUGUCUUAAAGAUCCUGGAGCAGGCUCAGCAUGUUCUGGCCAACACAGCACCCGCCGGACACGAGGCAAUCAACAAGGAACUAUCUGAUCUUCAGGAUCUCUGGUCUAGCAUUGCCUUGCGCAUUAUGGAUGUUAAAUCGAAUCUGGAUGAUUCCAUCACCCAAUGGUCUGGAUUCUUGGAUCAGGUGCAGACUGUUCGCAAGUUCAACGAGUGGCUGGAUGGUUUACUCAAAGAAUUAAGUGAACAUCAGACCACAAUGACGGAAAAGAGAGCUCAGCUGGAUCGUGUCAAAUCUACGGAGGAGAAGGUACGCGUGGAGAAGAUCGAUGUGGAUGCCCUAAAGAUUCAAGCCAAGGAAAUGAUUGCAAGUGGCCAACAGAGUCAGGCUGCGUUCCAGGCUCAAAAGGUGCUCGAUACGUUCGAUGAACUGUUCGCCAAGUCCCAGAAACUGCUCUCUGAUCGCCAGGAUCAGUACAGGGACCAUCGUUUGUUCAAGGAGGCCUACGAUGAUUUGGGUAGCUGGAUUGGUCGUGCCCGUGAGAAGUUCCCCACUUUGAAGCAGAGCAGCUUGAGCGAUAAGUUGGCCAUUGAGAAUGCAGUCCAAGCCACUGAAGCUCUGCUGAACAAGCAGGCCCAGGGUGAACUUCUGGUUGAGCAUCUAGUGCACACUGGUGAGGUUGUGCUUGCGAGCACCUCAUCUCCUGGCCAGGAGAUUAUCCGAAAUGAUAUCCGUGCCCUGCGAGACAGUUUUGAAAGCUUGUUCCGCGAAAUCAAUCAGCAGAAGGAAAACCUUGAAGUCACCAUGGUCCAAUGGCGAGCCUAUAAGGAGGAGUACGAACGCCUGAUGGAGUGGCUGCAACAGAUUGAUAUCUUGGUGAAGAACCAUAAGCUGAACUUGUGCCCCAAUUUGCCUGACAAGGAGAAGCAGGUGGCCGAUAUGAGGGAUGUGAUGUCCCGGCUAGAGAAGGGCAAGGAAGACAUCGAUAAGUUCAAUGCAUCUGCUGCCAGUCUUCUAAAGUCUCAUCUCGAUACCUACGUGAACAAUCAGCUCAGACAUUUGGGUUCGGUCUAUCAAGUACAAGUUAAUCUAGCCAAAGAUGUCCUCAAAAAGGUGGAAACCAAUCGUGAUCAGCAUCGUGAGUACGACGCCAACAUGAAGUCCGCCAAGGAUUGGAUAGCCAAUGCAAAGGCGACAAUUCAAUCGGCCGGCGAGGGAGCUGGCUCCAAGGAGGCUCUCCAACGACGCCUUGAGCAGAUUCAGGAUCUGAUUCGUAACCGUGAGUUUGGCCAGAAUUUAGUACACACGGCCAUCAAUAAUGGCGAGAAAAUUAUCCGAAACACACGCUCUGAUGGUCGCGAUGCUAUCAACAAUGAAAUGAAGGAACUGCAAACCGAAUGGGAUCGUUUGGUGAAGAAAAUGUCUACUGCUAAGGUGCAACUCGAGACCAAUCUUCUUCAAUGGGCCGACUACAGUUCCAGUUACUCCCAGUUGCAGCAAUGGAUCACCGACAGAGAGGCCAAACUACAGCAGGCAUGCGAGCAAAAGAUCAUCAAAUCUCAGCGUGGUCAACCUGGUCUCAGCAGUGGUCUUAGCGAGCGCAAGGCCAAUCUCCGGCAGACCAACAACAUUGUCCAAGAUAUUGUAUCCUUUGAGCCCAUGAUUCAGUCUGUUACCUCCAAGGCAUCUGAUCUUCAGCAGGGUGCUCCCGCCACUGAAAUCUCAGAUAAAUACGAUAACCUUACAAAGCAAGCCAAGGAUUUGUAUGAGAAGCAAAAGAACACCAUCGAGAGCUAUCAAUCUCUAAUAGAUGCUGGCAAUGAGUUCGCAACCUGGCUGAGAAAUGCCAAGGAAAGGUUAAGCAAAUGCUCUGAGCCCACCGGAGAUAAGCAGGCUUUGGCUGAGAAGACUCAUCAACUGAAGAUUCUGCAAGGUGAACUGCCCGAGGGUGCCGAGAAGCUGAAGAAUGCUUUGGAGCAGGGAGAGAUUGCUUGCCGAAGUGCCGAGCCUGAGGAUUGUGAAAUUAUCGAGCAGGAGGUUGCUCUGCUUCAAGAGGAAUUCGAUGCUUACAGGGAAGCGCUGAACAAGGCCAAGGAUUACCUGGAUGUGGGCAUUGUUAAAUGGUCGGACUACCAGGAUCAGUACACCGAAGCUCUGGAAUGGCUUAGCAAGACCGAAGCUUUGGUUCAAUCCUACAACAAAUUGCAGGACAGUUUGCCUCAGAAGAAGGUGGUGCUCGAACAGUUCCAGGGACAUCUGCAGACUCUCUUUGACUGGCAGAAGACUCUGGAUGAUCUGAACAUGAAGGCUCAGGUUCUCCUAGAGACUUGUUCCGAUACAAGGAUUAGCAAUGCCAUUAUGCAACUUACCACCAAGUACAAUGCUCUUCUCACUCUUGCCAAGGAAGUUAUGCGUCGACUGGAGAUGCACUACCAGGAGCAUCAACAGCAUCACAGUCUGUACGAAGAGUGCCAAUCUUGGAUCGAAAAUACCCGUGAGAAACUGGCAGAUUGCGAGCAAAUUCCUGGAACCCUCAAUGAAGUGCAAAUUAAAUUGAACACUGUUAAGAAUCUUCGUCAAGGUUUCGAAACUGGUCAAAAUAAGCUUCGUUAUCUUCUUGAACUGAAGGAGAAGGUAAUCAUGAACACCGAACAGAAUGGAGCUGCCAAGAUUCAGGAGGACACCGAAACUCUUAAGCAGGACUUUGAUAAACUUCUUGUGGAUCUGAACGAUGUGCGGCAGAAGCUGGCCAACCGCCUUGCUCAAUUAGAGGAGAUCUUCAAGCUGUACAAGAUCCUGGUCGAAUGGCUGGAGGAUGUGGAGCCGAGUGUAAAGGCCAGUGAUGAGUUCUUGAACGAUUUGAGUGAGAAACGCGCUGCUCUGGAGAAAUUCCGCGUUAUUCAGCGUGACAUUAAUGGUCACAGCGACAUUGUUGAGAAAAUCAAUCAACGCCUGAAAGAGGAUAAUAGCUUGGAUCUGAAUGAUUUCCAGCCGGGUCUGGGCAAAUUCGAUGAGCUGCAGACGCAGGUUAAUAAGAUCAUUGAGUCGCUGGAGAACCAGGUGAACAGCCAUGACAAAUACAAGCAGGCCUAUAACGAGUUGCAGGAUUGGUUGCGACGCACUCGCAUCGAAGUGGAGCAAUGUUCCGAUUGCCAUGGCGAGAAGGAUCAAGUGGAGAGCCGCCUUAACCGUUUGGGUGAUAUUCAGUCGUCGUCGUUAGAGGGCAAAGCCCUGCUAGAAGCCUGCGAAGAGCUUAGUCAGGCUGUGAUUGCCACUAGCGGUAGUGAGGGCCAGGACAACGUGGCUCAGGAGAUCAAACAUCUCACCGCAGAAUGGGAAUCUCUCCAGGCUUUGUCUCGCGAUGCUCGCAGCAGCUUAGAAACCUGCCUGGCCGCCUGGCAAACGUUCCUGCAGAAGUUCAAUAAGAUCAAUUUGUGGAUCGAGACGAUGAGCAAGCGCGUUACCAAAUCCCAGGAAGGCGAAAACAAGAACCCCGAAGAUUUGGUUAAUGCCAAGAAAUUGCUGGAGGAGGUACUGGCCGAGAAGGAUAAUGUGGAGGAUCUGAACGAUAACUGUGAGCUGCUCAUGGAACAGAGUGCCUGCACUCGCAUUCGGGAUCAGACCAUCGAAACUCAGGCCAACUAUACCAAGCUUUUGACAUCCGCUCAGGGAUUGGUCGCCAAGAUCGAAAAGAAUCUGUCCGAUCACACCGAGUUCCUUAAUUACAAGAAGGAAAUGGAUGCCUGGAUAGAAAAGGCACAGCAGAUUCUCAAUGAAUGCUCCACCGAUGGCGAUGCCGCUAUAAUUGCUCAGAAACUGGACACUGUGAAUUCUUUGGCUUCCCGUCUGCCCGAGGGUCAGCAUCUGUUGGCCUUGGUUCAGGAUGCUUACUCCAAGGCCUCGAAUAUCACGCCCGAGGAUAAGCAGGAGAAGCUUCGCGAACUGAUGACAAAGGUGCGCGAAGAUUGGGAUGCCUUGAGUCUAGCGGUCAAGCAGAAGUUGAGCGAUCUGAAGCAGGCCCAAAAUCGUUGGAACGAUUUCGCUGCCAACAAGGAUAAGCUUGAGAACUGGCUGAACGAGACGGAGAAGACCAUUAAGGUGGCACCGGAAACUAAGGGUGAACUUAGCGAAAUGAAGACAUUGCUGGAACGCUACAAGACGCUCGGUAAUGAGCUCAAGCAGAAGGGCAGCGAGUUGGAGCAACUGCAGUCGGAGGCCCGUGAUCUGGGCACAGAAGUAGAUGCAGUGAAUCGCCUGCAGUCACGAUGUGAUAAGCUUAAGAACGAUUGUUCGGCUCACAUCAAGGCGUUGGAGCAGGAGAUCGUUGAUUACAAUGCCUAUCAUCAGAGUCUGCAGGAUGUUGAGAAGUGGCUGCUGCAGAUCUCGUUCCAGCUAAUGGCUCACAAUUCCCUCUUCAUCUCGAAUCGCGAGCAGACCCAGGAACAGAUCAAGCAGCACGAGGCUUUGUUGGGUGAAAUUCAAAAGUAUCAAACCAAUUUGGAUGACUUGAAUGCCAAGGGACAGGCUCAGAUAAGCCGCUAUGAGAGCUCAACUCCCACCAUUCGUCCCACUGUCGAGUCCCAGCUGAAGAAUAUCCAGGAUAGCUACAACUCUCUGCUACAGACCUCAGUGCAGAUCAAGAACCGUUUGCUGGAAUCGCUGGCCAAGUUCCAGGAAUACGAGGAUACCCUAGACAGCAUCAUGCGCAAUCUGGAGGCAUACGAGCCAAUUAUCCAAACCGAAUUGGAUGCUCCGGCCACGAGCUUGGAGCUUGCUCAGAACCAACUUCGAUGUGCCCAGGAAAUGCAGAACAAGUUGAACAACGAGAAGUCCCGACUAGCGGCAGCCGUUCAGGCUUGCGAAGCAGCCACGGCAUCCAUCAGUCGUCCCAGUUCCCCGCUGGAGACGGCCAUGCAGGCCAUUCCCGAAAGGGAGCUCAUUGUGCGCGCCAAGCUGGAAGAUCUGCUGGAUCAGAAACCGCCUCCAAAGACUCAGAGCUCAACCAAAGAGGAUGAAGACGCAGAUGAAGUUGAGAUUCAGGUUGAGCUCAGUGAUGUAAACGAGGCAAUGUUGGAUCCAAUUGCCCACGAGCGUGUCAGCAACUAUCGUCGCAUAGUUCGCCUGAAUAGCGCUCAUGUGGGCAAGCUGAACGAACUGUUUGCUAAGGUGCAAUCCCACUUGGGUGGCUUGUCUGCAUCCGUUAGCGAACUGGAGCAACAGCAGAAGCAGCGCGCCGAGCUGCAAGAUUGGGUAAAGAAGCAGCAGACCUCGGUCUCCGACUGGAUGAUGCGUCCCUGCAAGCUGCGCCCGGAGGCAGCGCAACAGGAAUUGGUCAUGAACGAUUUGUUGAACUCCAUCGGUGACAAGAGAUCGCAACUGAUGUUGGAAAUGACAGGAUCAUUGGGCGAUGAAGACACCGAUUUGGAUGACAACAUUGACAAGCUCGAGUCGGAGCUUAUGGAUGCCAUUGCCAAGAAGCAAGCAGGUCAAAAUGUAAUUGAUGGUUAUCGCCAGGGAAUGGCUGAUGUCCAGAACUGGUUCGAUAGCCUAAUCAAGCGCAUGGAUGUCCUGGACCGUGGUUCCGGCUUAAACUGUGCCCAGAAAACGGCGGCCAUUAAUGAGAUUAAGAAUGAAUACGAGCUGCAAGGACACCCGAAAAUCCAGGAGCUCAAGGGCAAGGCCUCGCAGGUUGCGGAGGUGAUUAGCAAUCUGGAUGGCCAACAAGUUGAGGAGCAAAUGAAGUCUCUGGAUCGUCGCUUUGCCGAUUUGGGCAAACGCAUUGAUCGCAAGGCUCAGUUGCUGGACGUAACCAACAAGGGUGUGGACGGAGCCAAGGGCGAGAUCGAUCAGCUCCAGAAUUGGGUGAAGCAGCAGAUAGAAGAGCUGCAGGCACCCACUCCACUGGGUUACACGCCCAAAGAUGCCGAGGCGCGUCAGCAGAAGAUCAAGAGUCUGAUGAAGGAUGCCGAGGCCAAGCAAUCUUUGGCCGAUGUGCUGGAGAAGCGUGUUGCCAAUAUGCAGCAGGAACUAGAACCCGCUGAAUAUGCCCAACUGGAGUCCGCAUUGCGUAAUCUUAACACGGAGAAUCGUAACUUCGGAGUACUAAAGGCAGAACUGGAUCGUGCUCUGGAGGCCAGCAAGGCUCGCAAAUCCUUAGAGAACGAUUUGGACAAGGCGCGCCAAUGGCUGAAGACUAAGAUCUCCGAGGUGCGAAAACUUCCAGUAUAUCAUCCACUAACCUCCGCUGAGAUUGAGAAGAAGAUCCAGGAGAACCGAAAGUACGAUGACGAUGCCAAGCAGUUCAACGACAGUGUUCUAAGUGAUGUUCAGCGCCAAGCGGCCAAUAUCAUGAAGGAUUGUGAUGGUCCGGAUAAGGCUGCACUUCAGCAGAUCCUUGAUGAAAUCGCCGCCGACUAUCAGACUCUGAAGGAUGAAAGCUCAAAGAGAGGCAAGUCCCUGGAUGAUCUCUUGCAGGGUCGCAAGGCUUUCGAGGAUUCGAUGAAAAAGAUGGGCGAUUGGCUGAAUGAAAUGGAGACGGCCACCGAGGGUGAGCUGCGUACCACAAGUCUUCCAGUGCUGGAGGAGCAAUUGGCUCACUACAAGAAGCUUCUCAACAAUGCUGAGAACAUGGGCGGCCUCAUCAACGAUGUGUCUGAACAGGGUAAGAGCAUCUUGCCCACUUUGAGUAAUGCCGAUAAGCUGAAGCUCAACGAUGAUAUCAAGAACAUGAAGGAUCGCUAUGGCAGAAUCAAGAAUACCAUCGAUGACCGAGUGAAUACUCUGGGCGAUCACAUUAAAUACAAGGAUGCCAAGAGCAGGCUGGCCGAUUGCAGCCAGUUCCUGGGCACCAUUCAGCAGAAAUUGCGUGAACUCAAUCGUCCAAUUGGUUCCAGAAUCGAGGAUGUUCAGGAUCUGUUGGGUGCCUAUGAGGGCAUACUCAAGGAGCUCAAAGACAGCAAGAGCAAGAUGGGUGAUAUGCAAAUGGAUGAUUUGCCGGAGUUGCAGAGCAUUCUGACCCAACAGGACGACAUGAUCAAGAUGAUUGAGGAUCAGCUGGCUCAUCUCCGCCAACUUCUGAUGCUCCGCGAGCAGUUUAUCGCUCUGAUCAACGAGAUUAUUGCCUUCAUCAUGAAGUACACUGAUGUCAUUAUCGACAUCGAGAACUCUCCGGACAGCUUGGAGGAUAAGAUCAACAAGUAUGACAAUGUCAUUGUCAAGAUCCAGGAGUGCGAGGGUCUAUUGGCCUCCGCUAAUGACAAGGGCCAGAAGAUUGCCUCUGAAGGAAAUGCUGCGGAUAAGAAUAGCAUUACCGAGCAGCUGCAGUCCCUCAAGAAUCAACUUCAGAAUCUCCGCAAGGCAGUGGAGUCACAGCGCCAGAAGCAUCAGCUGCAGCUGGAGUCGCACAAGAAGAUGGCCGCCGAUCUGAGUGAGAUUCUUGAUUGGUUACACAGCCACGAGGGAGAGGUCAAGUCCCGUCCACUGCUGGAUCGUGAUCCCGAGUCCGUGGAGCGAGAGCUGCAGAAGCACCAGAACCUCAGCCAGGACAUUGAGUCGUAUCUGAACAAAUUCAACAAGAUCAAUGAUGGGGUUAAAACCGAAAUUGGAAUGCCGAGCUCGUUGCUGGAAAUGCUUUCCGAAGGAAGAUCUCUGGUCUCAUCCCUCCCCCACGAGCUCGAGGAGCGUGAGAAAUACCUGAAGAACAACCGUGACUCUCGUCUGGAGUACAUGCAACUGGUGGCCAAGUUCAACGAUUGGGUCCACGAAGCCGAGUUGCGCCUUCAAAACAGUCAGCAUGGCAUCGACUAUGAGCAUUUGGUCCAAGAUCUUGACGAGCACAAGAUAUUCUUUGGCAACGAGGCGCCCAUUCGUAAUCUAGUCCAACAGAUUCAAGAGGCCGCCGACAAGAUCUGGUCCUCGCUGAACAAUUAUGAGCAGUCGGAGCUGUCCGCGGAACUGGCACAGUUCCAAACCAAAUUGACCAACACACUGGCCAAUGCCAAGACGCAGCAAAGUGAAUUGGAGAAGGAGGCGGAGCGCUGGCGAGAGUAUCAGCAAUCGAUUGAUCGUGUCAAGGCCACCAUUGAGCGCACCAAGUUCAGCGAUGAGCCUGUUCAGAAUUUGGCGGGUCUGCACUUUAACAUACAGAAGCUGUCCCAUGCCAUUGGAAAUGUUCAGAGCCAGACCAGCGACUUGACGCUCGUCAACCAACAGGCCCAAGCCCUCAUCCGCCAGGCGGACGCCCGGAAUCGUCAGUUAAUCGAACAGGAUAACGCCGCCUUGAACCGCCUGUGGCAGGAUCUGGUACGCAGCUUGGAGCAGCGACGCGACAAUCUGCAACAGUUGGCCGAACACUGGGACGGUUUCGAGAAUAGCCUGCACGCCUGGGAAAAGGCACUUGGUCGCAUUGAGGAUAAGUUCCGCAAUGUCGAUCCAACUGUAAGAUCGCGUCGUCAUUUGGAAGAUACGAAGCAUGCCAUUCAGGAAUUACGUGAAGAAUCAAAUCAACUUAAAUCAUCACAUAAAGAAAUCGAGGCGCUCUCUAAAUCCAUCCUCACAUUCCUUGGGGAAGUACACAAACCCUCGGCGGAGGCCAUACAGGCCAAAGUGGAUAAGUUAGUGGAACAACAAGCCAAAUUGAACGACACGCUACGCGAUAAGGAGCAACAGGUUAGUAAGGAUCUCGAGGAGAUCGAGCAAGUCUUCCGCCGCAUCUCGCAGCUGCAGGAUAAGCUAAACGCUCUACACGACCAGCUACAAUCGGUUCACGUCUACGACGAGCACAUCGCGCAAACGGAACCUUUGAUCACACUCAAUAGUCAGGUGCCGGCCGCCGAGGAGAGUAAAUCUUUGGUGGCACAAACGACGGCCCAGUAUCAGGCCAAACAGAAUCAGCUGCCCAGCGAUGCCCAAGAGUUCACUGCCCUCGAGCUACUCGCCGAGCGUGUCCAAGUGACCAUGGAGACCAAAGAGAAGGAUUUCAAGCGGGCCAAGACCGUGCGCACCGAAUAUGUGGCCGGUGUGGACGAAGUGCAGCGCUGGCUACUUCAGGCUGAGGUCCAGGUGCAGGAGCGUAGCCUCACACCCACCCAGAUGAAGGAGCUGCUGCAGCGUAUUAAUCACGAAAUCACCGCCAUCUAUGAACGCUUCACGCUGGUCAAGACCAACGGGCAACUGAUCAUCGAGAAUUGCCGCAACAGUGAGGAGAAGACACUGGUGCAGACAACCAUCGACCAGUUGGCCGCAUCCCUGGCCCAAGUUCGUGGCUGGCUGGACGAGAAGAAGCAGGCGGUGGGCGAUAGUUUGGACGCAUGGACGAGAUUCAUGAAUCUCUACCAGAUCGUGAUGUCAUGGGCAACCGAGAAGCGCACAUUCAUCGACCAAACGAUCGAGCUGCGCACUCUGCCCGAGGCACGCAAUAAACUGAAUGACUAUGUGACGGCUGUGAAGAGUAUUAAACCGAUUGUUAAGCAUCUGAGUGAAAUGGACAAGGAACUGGAGCACAUUGGCCAGGUGACGACUGUGGGCGAUCUCAAGGACAAACUGCAGGAGGCCGAGGAUGCGAAGAUAACCGUGGAAGCGGUGCUGCUGAGAGGGUAAAGUGAAAGAAACUCCCUGCUGCAAGAGGCCUGCGAAGAAUGGGACCAAUGUGAACGCAAGAUUAAGGAUAUCCGUGCCUGGCAUGAGAAAACCAAGCAGAGCUUGGAUUCCUCACCCCAGCAAAAGAAACCGCUGCGCGAUCAGCUUGGCUUCUGUGAGAAGACCCUGGCCGAUAUAAAUGUGCAAAAGACGAAACUGAGACUGUCUAUUGAAAAACUGGAGGUUCAUUUCCGCAAUGGAAUGGGCGGUGAUCCGCGUCUGAGCGAGAAUGUUGAUGAUCUGGUACGCGUCCUCGAUGGUCUCGGUGAAUUGGUCAAGGCCAAGUCACAGAGCCUCGAGCAGACGCUGGCCCAGAUCGAUGUCUAUCAACAGCAAAUGCAGACCCUGCGCCAGCGCAUCAUUCAGGAGGAGCAGCAGCUGCGCCUGGUGAUGGCGCCCACGUACUUGCCGCAUGAUCGCGAGCGUGCAUUAGCCGAGCAACAGGAACUAAUUGCGCAAGAACUCGACGAACUGCUACAAUCGCUCUCAAGCGUCGAGGAUGCCAUCGCGAACAUGAACCAGAGCAGCCUGGAGGGUAUGCUGCAGGGACUAAAGCUAAUCCAAAGCAAUCUCGAAGUACACGAAAGGGACGCCAGCCAGUUGAAGGCCCAGGCCAAGACACUGCCCACGGAUCCAGCUACCGAACGUUUGCUCAACGACACUGUGGAUCGCAUUGACUUGCUCCUGCGACGCACUCAGCAGGGCAUCACCAUGAUAGCGAAUGCUAUGCAUGGGCAGAAGAAGCGGCAGCAGGAGAUCGAUGAGUACCAGCAGCAUCUGCUCGAACUCGAGCGCUGGAUUAUCGGUUCCGCAGAGCUAGCUUCCUUCGAGCCCACCUCGGACAGCAGCACCGAUGAGCAGGUGCUCAAGUCGCAGGUGGAAAGGAGCCAGCAAUUGCUGCGCACUCUCAAGGAACGUCAACAGUCCAUGGAUGAAUUGGUGGAUCAGACCCGCCAGUUGCAGUCGCAUCCUGAUGUUGCUCCCUUGGCCGACACGCUGAUGGAGCAGUUGCAGAGCAUUAUAACGAUUCUGCGGGAACAGAUCACGGUGGCCACCAAGCGCAUCUUUACUAUCGAAAAGCGCAUUGUGGACCUGCGAAAGGCCAAGAUCGAUGAGGCACAACGCCAACGAGUUCUCGCCGAUGCGCUCAUCAAGCCACCAACGGAAAUUCCAACAGGUCCCGAGGCGGCGCCUGAAUCCAUCGAGUCAAACGAGGAGAACACCAUUGACUCGAGCUCUAUGCCCGAAGAGGAGAUCAAACCACCGACUGGUGUGUAUGUUGAGACCCAGACUUCGCUGAGCCUGCAACAGGCACCAGCUCCCGUCGUGACCACCACGACCGUUGAGGCACAAACCAGCUUCAAGGAGCCGCUGCCUGUGGAGACCGCGGAGGUGGCUUUGCAAACACAGAAGGAGCGUUCGCCGACUGAGAACAUUAUGGUGACCCAGACGGUGCAGCAUGGCAAGGAGACCAUCCAGAUCGACACUACUCGAAAUGAGAAUGUGCCCGAAGAACCGGAGGAUGUGCAGAUCGAGGCUCGGUAUCACCAACGCCCGCAGGGCGAUGUGGACCGCGCUACGGAGCUGAUCCUGAAGAACGUGCCGCAGGCAUUCGAAACCACAUUUGUGGAGCCGGAUGAGACAACCACAGAAGUGGUCGUGGGACCCGAUGGCACCAAGCACAUUGUGCUCAAGAAGGUCGUGACUCGAACUCGCCAGCAGAUUGUGCAGCAGCAGCAAAUCAGCUCCAUCGAGACAAUUAGCGACUCGGAUGGCAACAUCGAGGUGCACUCCACUGGACAAAUCAAUCUGGAGAAUGUGCAUACCACGGACACAAAGGCCGAUCCCCAAGAAGGCAGUAUCCAGACCGUUGUUACGCAGCAAAUGCGCGGAGCCCUUGUGGAUUCCUCUCAACCCGAAGGCGUGAUUCUGCAGGAGUUCGAAACGGAACCCACCAUUGAGACGUUCGAAGAGGUUAUUGUGCCGGGAUCCCAGCUCAGCGAUGUCCAAACCCAGGGCAGCAUUCGAGCUGUGGUUCAUCAGGUGACUCGGAAAGUGAUCCGUAAAACGCGAAAGAUCAUUAAGCGCGUCGUGAUCAUCGAUGGCAAGGAGCACAUCACUGAGGAGGUGGUCGAGGAGCCUGAGGAGGUCGAGAUCACUGAAGAGGAGACGGCACCGCACAUCAAUGUGAACAUUGUGCGCACUGUAAACGGCAAAGUGGUGACUGAGGAGGAGUUCCAGCGCUUGUUGCAAGAACAGGAGCAAGAUCCCGGCGCCCUGGUCAUCGAAGAAGUUGCAACGGAUCUGUGCGAGCCAACAGCAGCAGAACCGCAGCAACAGGUAUUUGAUAUUGAGUCUAACCAAGUCACCACCACCACAAGAACAACAACAACAACAGCAACCACACAAGAACAAGAACAGCCAGAACAACAGACACCACCAACAACAGAAACGACUAAAGAAGCACCUGUAGAGUUGCCAGCACCUCAAGUAGAAGAUGUUGAACAACCCGUAGAAGUUGCCACUACCAGUCCCGUUCAUGUUCCAGCAGCGGAUGUAGCUGAAUCCAAAGACUCACCACCAACUCCAGCAGCCAUUGUAGAUGAUGAGCCAAAGCAAGUGGUUGAAGAUAUCAAUGAAAUUUGGCCACAGGAACAUCAUCUAAAACCCACCAACAUUGAGUUCUCUCAGCACAUUGAAGAAAUUGCAGCCACAACAACAGCAGCACCAGAAGCCUCCAUGCCAGUGGAGGAGAUCUGGCCGACAAGCCCAGAGACAGGCAACUCUUUGACUCUGGAGCAGUAUGAAUUCGAGCCACAAUCGCCGCGUGAACAGAGCACAAAAUCUGAUUGAUUGGUGCCGCAAGAGACUAAGCCUGCCGAACGACAACCAGAAGCUGAGCCAAUUACCACUGGCAGUAUUACCAACAAAACUAAAACUACCAUCACAAGCUCCACUGAACUGCCUGAGGAAACCAUUGUUCCAGCCGAGCCCGUGUCUAAACCCAAGACUGACACCCAGAGCUUCCUGGAAGCUGAACAAUCCCUGGCUGCAGCUUUGAAGGAACAAUCUUCAACUCCGGUUGUUGAGACCGUGGAGCAUCUGCCAGAGGCAAUUUCACCUCUUGAGGAGGAGAAGAAAGCUUCUGUAACUGAAGAGAUUUCAACGAACACACUGGUGGAAACCGUCCCGGAAGCGCUCCCAGUUAAACCAUUCGAACCUGAAGUUACUGAAGCUAUUGCCAAGUCUGAGCCAGAACCGGAAGACACCUUCAAGCCUGUUCCUGCACAAAUCGAUCUUCGUGCGGCCACACAACUCUUUAUAUCUGGCGAGGCCGCAGCCGCAGCAGCUCCACAAAAAUCCUUCCAGAUCACAGCCCCAUCCAUGGAGGACAAUGGUGAUGGUGUGCUGAAGGUUGUGUUGGCAAGGAAGAUGACUUCAGCCGCUCCAGCUACUGGCAAGGUUAGCAUGACCAUCAUCGAGACCGCAGCAGCUACUCCCGUCGUCGCUGCCGACGCCAAACGGCGUCGAAAGAAAAAGAAGAGAAGAGAUACAAAGAACGAUGACGACCAAGAGCAAGAAGCUGUAAAGGAGCCAGAAGUUGAGUCUGAUGUUCCCCGUUCUCCUAAGGAUUCUCCACGUGACCAAGUUCGUCAUGAGUCCAUUGUGGAGAUCAGUGCCGACAGCGAUUUAUCAAGCAUUGAGAUCGAUUCGAAGGUCAAGGUGGUGGAAGACGCUGUCGUUUCAUCGCCCUCAGAGUCUCCAAGAGCACCAAUGGUUGAGUUGGUUAUACCCACAGAGGUUGUGGAGCUGAAUCUGGUUGAGGAUGAAGAACAGCAGACCACACCGCGAGUUCCCUCGCCCACCGGCAAGCCUGACGUCGAACAGGAAAUCAAAUCCGUGCAGACCUCGCCAGUGCAUCAACCGACACUAGAUGAGAUCGGCUUGCAGACUAGUCUGGAGGUGCAGCCCGAUAACCAGGAGAACGAAUCGCAAACCCUGAUUGUUGAGAUUGCAGAGACUGAGGCACAGACCACACCCCGAGGCGAUGAGAAACCCGAGACUGUUGAGCUCUCCACCACUGAGAUUCAAACGGAUGUGAGUGGCCAGCCGGCCGAGACAGUAGAGAUUUCCAGUCAAACCACAGUGACCACGACCAUCGAAAAAGAGUUGCAGACCACGCCAAAGGAUUCACCUCGUGCACCGGAACCAGGCAGCAGUGAUGUGGUGGAGUCUCUAGUACUUGAUUUGGUAAAGGAUAUGACCACCGAUUUGCCAGUGCCCACCAACGAACAGUCGACCGGCACAGAGACAACCACAACCACUGAGAUUCAUGUUCAGACCACAACGCCAGAGCCAACGGAACACAUUGAGAGUGUCAAGCCAGAGACUGUCCAUGAAGAGACCUCAACUGUGGAAUUGGUACAGUUCGCCGAUGGGGAGAUGCAGACCACGCCUCGUGGCGAUCACGAGCAGCCCACUUCUCUGGAUGACAACUCGUUAACUGCCACUUCGAUUUCCGUUUCGGAACCAUACGAGCUGGAGGUGAAGACCACUGUGGCUAUUCCCGCUGAUUCUGAUACCUCUGUGGCUGAGCCAACGGUCUACGAGUACACCCAGACCAUGCAGCUGCCCAAGCAGGACAAGAAGUCCAAGAAGGACAAGAAGAAAAAGCAGAAUGUUCCUGAAGUGGAGCAGCAGCAGGUGCCAGAGGAGCCGCAGAUCAGUGUAACUGUGGAAAUUGCACCGGAAUUGUUGUCCGAGUCGGGCAUCGUGGUAUCCACCAACCAGGAAAUUGAGGAGGUUCCACAUGUCACACCUAUUGUGGGGAGACCCAUUGAACCUGAAGACGGAUCCAAACCAACAAGAGUGCAGCUGCAAAUAACAAAGACAACUGUCUACGAUGAGUAUCCAGAUUUGCCGGUUCACAUUACCGAGCAGAAUAAGGUACUUAUUGCCUCGCAGCAGACUCAAGGCAAGCGGUCUGGAGCAGGACCAACUACCUCGGCAGUGACCAUUGAAGAGGUGGCGUCUCCCACGGAAGAACUUGUUGUGCCCAUUACCCCGGGACCGGACAAUUUCGGUGAAGGACCCACUAGCGUGUGGUUCAGUGCCACCACCAGUGUGGACAAGACACCCGUGGAGCUCUCCCAGGCUCUGAUCAUGAGCGAGAGCCGGCAACAUUAUCCGGGACAACAGAAGCAGCAACAGCCACAGCCACAGCAACAGCAACAGCAACCUAUUCUGAUUUCAGCGAAGGAAGUCAUCGAGGAUCGUAUUAGCAAACUGAAACAGGCGUCCCCGCAGCAGGCUACACCGCUGAGCAAUGUCCUUCACCUGGCCACCCUUUCGGAACAGAUUAAGGACUUGCCCACGGAGCAACGACUGUUGGAGGUUAGCGAAGGACUACAGGAUCUCGAUGCUGCCAUUAAAACGGGCGAUAAGACCGUUAUCCAAACCACUGUGAUAACCGUCAUCGAGAAGGUAUCCACGUGGCUAGAAACCAUCGAGUAUCGUGUGUAUCUCAUUCGCCAGAACUCCAACGAAGGACCUUCUGAAGAGAAAUUGGACAAUUAUAACAAACUCAAUGAGGAGCUGAGCACCAUCAAGCAGAACGUCGGCCAGUUGGAGCGACAGUUGUCCAACGCUGAACCACAGUUGCUGCAGUGCGUCGACACCUUGAAGGAGCAUGUGGAUGCCGUGGAGCAAGUAACUCAGCAGAACCAAGCCCAGGAUAGCAAUGACCUGGACAAGUGGCACAGCUUUGAGCUAUUGCUGCACAACUUUUCUUCGGUGCUGGCCAAUCUGCAGCAGAAUUAUGAUCAUCUCGUCAACCAGGAGUAUCCCCUAUCCGCCAAGCUUACCCAACUUGAUGAGCUUGAGGGCCAACAUGAGGCAGCCCAACAGCAGCUGGCACAACUCUGCCAGAACGCCCGUGCCUUCCAACGCGAUUUCCCAGGCAAGAAGAUGCCACAGGAUGUGCACAAUGCUUUUGAGACAAGCAAGAAUAUCGGUAACAAUAUUCAGGCAGAGCGAGAGCGUGUCCUCCAAUUGCAAUCGCUGGCGGAGGAGUACGAGCAAACCCUCAAGGAGUUCACCAAUAUCACGGUUCUGGCCGACAAACUGGUUGAGAGUCCAAUAGUUUCCAGUUCCCUGGAGCAGCUGAAUAACGAAGUGCAGAAGCAGCGGAAGUUCUUCGUGAACCUCAGCCACUGCCGAGCCAUGUUGGAGUCCCUUGAGGAGAACAUCGAUAGUGAGACCCGCGAGAAGCAUUCCGAGUUGCACAAGGAGCUCUACAACAGGGCCACUAUACUGCUGGACAAGGCCUCGGAGCGAUCUUCGAAAUUGGUGCAGGCUGCCUCCCGCUGGACCGUCCUGGAGAAGGGCAUGCGGGAUGAGCUGCAGUGGCUUCAGGUGGCCCAACAGCGAGUACCCGAUCUGUCGGCCGUGACAUCGGCUGACUACGAUCAGUACACCACACUCUACCAGUCCCUGAGCAACGACAUCUCACACCAUUAUGUUAAGAUGACACAGCUUUCCGGAAUAGCCAACAAAUUGCAACAACUUGUCCAGGCACCCAAUCUCGUGGAGGAGACCAAUGAAGCAUUAAUCGUGCUUCUCAAGCUACGCGAGGAGGUGGCCCUGUAUCUGCAUCGCCUGCUGGUCUUCAAAGAAAUCUGGGUGCAAUACGAACAGCAAACUGAUAAACUGGAGGCCUUUGUGCGCGAGGCGGAGCAGGAGCUGCGACAGAUCCAGAUACCUGCCCAACCCACCCAACAGCCCAUCGAGCAUAUGCGUCAAUUCUGGGAGAUCAAGGCCCGCUUUGAGCUGCACAAUAAUGUGCGAACCGAUGCCGGCUUAAGCUUUGAGAAAUCCCUGCAGGUCAUCCCAUUGGCCGACGAGAUGCUCCAACGCCAGUUCCAUGCCCAACUGGAGGAUCGCUGGCAGGCCGUGGCCCAGGCCAUCGAACUCAUACAGCACAACAUUGUCGAAUGCCUGUCAUCGGAAGAUGUGCCCGCGGGCGAGAAGCUCAAGAUGGUGGAGCGGGAACUGCAGGAGAUCUACCUGACCAUGACCAGCAUGAAGGGUGUGAUCAAGAACGAGGAGGAACUCUGCCUCUACAUCGAGCGUGUCCAAGUGCUGCGCACACGUGUUGGCUUCAUAGGCAACGAGCUGGGCAGGAUUGGACUGCAAGAGCCGGCCAUCGAACCAGAGAAGGUUGGCGAACUCUUUGCCCUUUCUCACAAGAUUAGCACCCAGAUUGCCGAGGAGCUGGAGGGUGCCUCCGUGCUCCGUGACCAACUGCAGGCCAUCCAAGAGGGUAUCAGCAAUCAGCGCAAACACCAAGCAAAGAUCUCAGUUAUCCUGGAUGAAUGUGAAGCUGCCGAGCGCCAAGGAGCCGAUGUUCUCGAGAAGGCCGUUGCCGAUUGCCAGGGUGUAGGUGAGGAGCUGGUGACCAGCUGGCAGGAGAUUAUGCGUAUCCGCCAGAUGCUGCACACCCUGCCCAUGCGCCUCAAGAUGUCCGUGUCGCCGGUUAAGCUGGAGCGGGAUAUCUCGCAGCUCCAAGAUGACCAUGCCUUCCUCGAGAGCAAAUGCACGAACAUUAUGGGCAUUCUCCGCAAUCGUUUGGCCAUCUGGCUGCGUUACGAACGCCAACUGGAAAUGGUACACGGUUCCGUCCAGGAAACCGACUUCAUGAUGGAACUCAUACGUGUUCACGGCCAAGUCGACUACGAACGCCUGCGUAAAGCCACAGAACGUUUGGAGGGACUGGCCGGCGAUCUACAAAACCGCGAGCAACUGAUCGAUGAACUCAAGGGUGCCGCCAAGCCGCUGAUCGAGAGCUGCGAUGUCCAGAUUGUCGAGCAGAUAGAAUCGGCCGUCCAGGAGGCAGUGGUCGCCUGGAACGAUACCAGUGACAAUCUACAGCAGCUCCGCACCCGAUACCAGAGAGCCGUCGAGCUGUGGGACAAGUACCGCAACGCUUCAGCGGCUGUCAAGAGUUCGAUUGACCAGCAAAUGGAUACGGUCAAGUCCCUGGAGCAGCCAUUGGAUGCCCUGCAGCACGCCAAGGUAUGCCAAGAUAGUCUAAGCACUCAGAAUGACCGAAUCUUGGAGCUACGCGACAUUGUGGCCAAGAUUGCCGCCGAUGUGGGCCUGGAUGCCUCUGCCCUAAUGCAGGGCGAACUGGAUGCUCUGGGUCAGCGAUUGGCCGAAUGCAAAGAUGCCAUUACCACCUUGGCCAAUGUGGCUGAAACGCAGGACAAGGAGCGUAAGGAGCUCGACAAGGAGGUGUCACUGGCCAAGUCCUACUUCAACAAUGUGCAGCAGGACAUCGCUCGCGAGCCACCGCAGAAUCCCAAAGAAAGCGAGGAGCAGUUGGCCGCCCUGCGUGCCCAUCUCCAAACUCUGGCCAGAACGGAAGAGCAACUGCGACAGCUCAAGGAGCGUCAGCAGAACAAUGAAGUGGCCGCUUCAGUCUCAGGAGCUGAUGAUGAUGGCAUUCUGGAGGUUCUAGCCAUGUGGCAAAAGAUAUUCCAGGAUACCUUCCAGGAGUAUCAUCGCCUGUCCACGCGACUUGCUCGCAGCCAGAACAGUUCGGAGGCUUUAAGAUUGUGGCGACAGUAUCUCCAGCAUGUGCAGUCCUUCCUCUCGUGUGCCAUUCCAGAGGAUUAUAGCAGCUUGAGGGAACAACAGCAGCUUUGUGCCAUCCACCAGAAUCUGCUCAUCUCGCAGCAGAGUGUUCUGGCCGAGACGCCACUAGAAUCGGAGCUCUCGGAGCAGUACAAGGCUCUGACGAACCUGCACAAUGAGACCCUCUCGAGGAUCAUGCAGCGUAAUGGUGAGCUAGAGCGGCGUGUGAGCGGCUGGAAUGCCUAUCGCCAGCAGCUGGAUGCCCUUUUGGACUGGCUGCGACAGCGAGAGGCAGAGCGAAAUGGCCUCCAACUCCGUUACAUACACCUGAAGCGAGUGCCUCACCUGAAGCACCGCCUAGAUGCCAUGAUCCAGCAGCUGGACCAGGGAGAACAACAGAGCAAGGCUCUGCAGGAACAACAACAGGAGUUGGCCAAGCACUGCGAUGACGCCCUGGCCACCGCCAUGCGUAUGGAGCAGGCCAGCAUUGGCCAGCGUAUUAAUAACCUCCGUGCGGCCCUCAAGACCUGGCAGGGAUUCCUGCUCCGCGUGACCCAACUGUCGGAGACUUACGAGCAGCGAGUUCAGCAAUUGCAGAAGGAGUUCGGAGCAGCGCAGAGACUUCUAGAGUCGAACAACGAAGAAUCCUCCCUGCCCACUCAGCCGGCGGCCAUUGAGCAGCUGCUGGGAGCUUUGCGUUCCCAGAGAGUCCAACUAGGCGCCCAGGUACCAACUCUCGAGAGUCUGACUGUGACCCAGGAGGAGCUCAAGGAGUGCAUCAGUCCCCACGACAUGAAGACCAUUCGUCAAAGGAACUGGCUGCUCUGGCAGCAGCACGCAGACCUGGACUACCAGCUGGCCAACCUGAUCAACUCGAUCGAGGAACGUCUAUCCCUGCUUUCCAACUAUCAGAUCCGUUACGAACGCAUCUCCCAGUGGCUGCAGCGUCUCGAGCACCGGGUGGAGCGCGAUGCGGAUGUUACAGCCAUGUCCAAUCCGGAACAGGCAGCCAAGCAGCUGGAACAACAAAUAAAUUCCGAGCUGCAGCUGCGUGACAAGGAACGCGAGUGGCUACUGUCCACAAGCCGUGAAUUGCUAACGCUGUACUCCGAGCCCGAGGUCAGAUCCCAGGUGCAACAGCAGAGCGACGCCCUGAUUGAUCGCUGGCAGCGCCUGAAAUAUCUGUGCAAACAGAAGGCCACCAAGAUCGGGGAGCUGAAGAUGACCCUGCUCCGUUUGGAGGAGCGCAUUGCCCUGAUUCGUGCCUGGCUCUUCGAGGUGGAAUCGCAACUGGACAAGCCGCUGAACUUUGAGAGCUACACCCCGAAUGUCAUCGAGGCCAAGCUGAAGGAGCACGAACAAAUACAGCGCUCCAUUGAGCAUCACAGCAGCAAUGUGGGCGAAGUACUCAAUCUCGUCGAAAUGCUGCUGAACGAUGCGGACAGCUGGCGCACCCAGGUGAACACCUCAGGUCUGGCGGCCUCAGCUCAAAAUCUGGAGCAGCGUUGGAAAAACGUGUGCAGCCAGUCGGCGGAGCGUAAGGCGCGCAUCUUGACCACCUGGAAUCUCCUCCAGCAACUGAUCAAGCUCACGGCCGAGCACAAAAACUGGCUGGGGAAGCAAGAGAGUCAGCUGGCUGGCUACGAACGAGACCGCAAGUCACACAGCAAGCAGAAGCUAGAAGAACGCCAGAAGGACCUUAGAGCCAAACUGGAGGAGCUAGAAAGCCAGUCGGUUAAUCUCCGCCAGCUGGAGCAGAUCUAUGCCAAACUGACCUCUAGUGCUGGCGUGGAGCCGGAGAACAUUCAAAAGCUCACCCUGCCCACCAAGGUAAUGGUGAGCAUGUGGCGUCAAUUGACGCCACGCUGCCAUGCCCUGCUGGAUGCCAUCGACAAGGACGCCAAGCUGAUGCGAGAGUUCAACAAUGCCCAGCAGGAGGCAACCAAUUCGCUAAAUGCCAUCCAAAAAGCCCUGGAACAAUUGCCCAGCGUGGAGGACCAGCAAAACUCCAAGGCGGACCCUAAGGUUGUAAUCCAACGCUUGGAGAGUCUAGAGAAGAAGCUGCAGGAUGCCCAGCAGCAUGUUCAGCAGGCGGAUAGCUUGGCCCAAGAGGCCAAGGCCAGAACCAAGGAGCAACCUCAACAUAAGCAAUUGCUGGAACUGAUUACAGCCUACACCACCCUCUGGCAAACCGUGCAGACCCGCAUUGUGACCCUCAAGACCACAUGGCUGGCCAGAGCAGCUCAGGCUGCCCAAGCAGCUGCAUCCCUAGUGCCCGUGAAUGAGGCAGCCAAUGCCGCCGUCCAGGUCAACACUCUGUCGCAAAGGAAACUUCGCCAGGCGCAGCAGAUGCAGCGUGAGACCUCCAUCACCGCCAAGGAUGCCUACAUCAUGGAACUGCAGACGGCCAUCACGGAGUGCCAAAACAAUCUGGAUGAACUGCAGCGCACGGUGGCGGACAAGACCCGCAAGCCGGGACCACAGAAGAUAGCCAAGCUGCUGGGCAAUGCCCAGUCAUCCACGGAGCUGGUCAAGCAUCUCAGCCAUUUGCUGCUUACCGAGUGCCAGGCAGACCACCAGUCCGCCCAGGUGGACACCGUGGCAGAGCUCACGUUGCGCUUUGACACACUGCAGUCGCAGUGGAAGGCGCGACAGCAGCACGAUCAAAAUGCAAGCGAGGUCGGCCGUCUAACGUGUCCGCUCUGCACGCAGCGUAACUGGCAGCAGAUCGACAACGAUCUGUGGCGCCUGGAGCAGUGGCUGCAGUUUGCCGAGAGCACCCAAAAGGCCCAGACGGCUCCGCCCUCAAAUAUCGAGCUUCUUGAGGAUGUCACCCAAGAUCAUCGCGAGUUCCUCUUGGAUCUGGAGAGCCACAAGUCCAUUAUCUCGUCCCUGAAUGUUGUAGGCGACCAUUUGGCCACUCACACUUCGGAUACCGAAAAGGCGCAACAACUCCGAUCUCGCCUGGAAGCCGACAAUGAACGCUGGAAUAAUGUGUGCAUCAAUGCCACCAAAUGGCAGGGUCUCCUGCAGACUGCCCUCAUGGGCAACAGUGAGUUCCAUCAGACCAUCGAUGAACUAGUGGACUGGCUGCAGCGCACCGAGCAGAACAUCAAGGCCUCCGAGCCCGUCGAUCUCACCGAGGAGCGUUCCGUGCUCGAGGCCAAGUUCAAGAAGUUCAAGGAUCUGCGCGCCGAACUGGAGCGGUGUGAGCCGCGAGUUGUGAGCCUGCAGGAUGCGGCUGAUCAGUUGCUCCGUGAAGUCGAGGGCUCCCAGCAGCAGUCCCAGCACACCUACGAGAGAACCCUUUCCAGAUUGACAGAUCUCCGCCUGCGUCUGCAGUCCCUGCGCCGCCUAGCCGGCAUCUACAUCGUCAAGCUGGGCGCUGUCCUGGGCUACGAGGGCGACUCUCUUGGUGUCCCGCUGCACAUGUUGUCGAGCGAGCUUUUGGAUAAUACUACAUUAUCAACCUCUUCCAUGCAGGCCGCCGCACCCAACACAGAAAAUGCAAACAACACCGAUGGCGUCGAUGCUGUCGAUGGCGAUGUCAUCAAUACCACGGUGCUGGCGCGCAGUGCUCGGUUCCUAGGCCGCGUUGCCCGUGCCUCCCUGCCCAUUCAGGCGCUCAUGCUGCUGCUUUUAGGUGUGGCCACUCUGGUGCCCCAAGGUGAGGACUACACCUGUAUGUUCUCGAACACCUUUGCCCGCAGCCUGGAGCCCAUGUUGUCGUAUCCCCACGGACCGCCGCCCACCUAGGCUAGGCUGCUCCUGCUCCUGGACUAGUGCAAAGAAAGAAACGAACAAACCCCUGACCUACCCUGACAUUAACAACCCAAUUAAUUAAGAUUGAAGAAUUGACACAGAUAACCCAAAAAGAGAUGCCAUUUGUAACUAAAUUCCUGUUGAAGCGAUCGCACAUGUGUGCAUAGGAAGAAAAAUCAUAAAUCGAAUUGAUCGCGUUGUACAUUUUGUGUGUAGUUAAUCACAUUUUGUAAUUGUAUGUAAUUUUAUAAUGAUUUCAUAGCUAGAGGCAUUAAUAAAGCAAAAUUAAUUUGUAAAUAACCCGAA